UAACCUGAUUUAUAAUUGUCAAAUUGAGGUUCAAAAUUUGAUACAACUUCAUCAUGUGAUUAAUUCUGCAAAAUACAAUAUAGUGGUCAAGAAGACUAAUAUCAACUAAAACACACAUAUUACAUUUGCUUUUUAAAUAAUCAUGUGUGAAAACUCUGUGAAACCUCAAAACGACGGAGAGGAUACCGAAACCUCAACCGACAAUACCGAAAUGGAUGUUGAUAAUGAUUUCGGUGAUAUAUCGCCUGAAGAUUUUGAAGUGCUUGAUAAACAGCUGGAUGCCUUAAAUUCUGCUCUUGAUAAUAUAGAAGAAAAAAAUGACAACAUUCACGCCCAAUUAAUGGUAUUAUUGGAGUCUAAUCGUGAAAUACGAAAGCAAAUGCAAAAUUUAAAUUAAAGUCAAAAUUACUAUAUUGUUGAGUGUUUCCCUUGUUAAUUAGUUUGAUGUAUAUAAUGAAAUAACAUGGAAAAUUGUAAACAUGAUACGAGAAAUAAUAUAUUGUGUGUUAAGAAAACUAAACACUUAAUUUGUAUUGUAAUGAAUGAAAAAUAUUCGUGUUUUUUGUUGCAAAUAUAUUCAUCCCAUUCAA